UCUCAGUAUAUGCCACUAGACAGAUAUUACCUAGAUAUAAAAUGUGUCCCCUCUCCAAUGCUUCUAUUUUUCUACAUAUAAAAAUCUAACUAUGGAUUCAGACACUAAACAUUCUUGUAAGAACUUUUUCACUAUCUUGAGAUUUAGAAUUUGCUUUUUGUCAUAAUAAAAAAUGGAAAAUUCUCAGAGUUAUGGCAGAAGAAUUGGCAUCUGCUUAUUUUUGGGCAUGUUCUUAUUGCUAUCUGGUGUCAGUGCAGAAGAUAGGCAACAUCCCACCAAAAAUGUGAAUUUGGCCCCAUUUAUGCAGUGGAGAAGUGCUUAUUUCUGCUUGCAAAUUACAUCUCCAGUUUGUUCAAAGGAUCACACACUCACAUUAUCUGGAUGGCUAAAUGUGACAAAUGAAGAAGGAAAAAAAUUCUGUGAAAAAGGAGGGUGCGCAGAACAUACAAAAGUUGUACUCGACUGCAUUCAUCAUGUCAAACGUGAUUUUUGGUUUGCAAAUAAAGCUACUGUUCAACAUAUCUAUGACACCAUUGACAUUGGUUGCUACACCCCACAAGGUUUUUCUUUCUUAUUUUUCGAGUUUUAACUUCCAUGCACUGAAGGUAUAAAGGAACUUUUACGCUAUUUGUUAGGAAAAAUCAGCCGAAAGAUACUU